AUGUGUUUCAUACAAACCGUAGUUUCGCAACAAGGUAUACAGAGGCUCAACUCAUCACCUCAACAUCAAACAAAAACAUUCGGCACUGCACGUUCGCGCCUUUAUCCCCAUGCGAGAGAAGGGGACAUCGCGCAUCAUCACAGUUUGUUGACAAAAGCUGUGUCCUGCCCUCUACAUGUCCAAAGGACAAUGGGGCACUUUGCCCAUGCGAGUUUUCAGCAACCGCCAGCGCGACCAGGGCUUGCGCAUUGGCGAGGGCCAAAAGCACAAGAUCCCGCAGCUGCCUGGAACGAGCAUGUGGAAUUGGCAGAUGAGGUUAGAAAGUGCCGAAGACCAGAGAAGGGUGAUCCGACGUUUGGGCUCCUUGUCCUCGCGGUUUUAGCUGCGAUUUUGUGUUUCUUGAUCCCGGGCGAAAGACUCGAGGGUCAGGAAUUGCCACAACGAAUUACCAGCGAGGCUAUCAAGUCGGACUUGCAGACAGCCCUGCCUGUUCCUGCACUUCGAGGCUGUUGUGGUGAGCCCAUGGAGUUUCGCUGGCUAUUUUUAGGAAGCUCGGAGAAGGCCGUGGCUGGCCAACCAUUUCGCACAGUCCUGGUGGCUCGUGAUUCCAAAGGCCGCCAGGCAAGACCUGCAGCCUGUGAUGCGUUACGAGUUGGAGUUGACCUCUCGGGCAAAGCUCACUUAUCUGGAGCCUUUUUGCCGUUGUCUUGGCGCCUGGGGCAGCUGGAGUUUCACAUCGAGAAUGAGCUCGCAGAGGUUGUUGAGGCAGAAGUUCGCAUUGAAAGUCCGGAUCCUGAGGCAGAUGUCUUGCUACACACCUCCCAGAUUCAUUUUACAUCUGGACCUUUGCACAGCUUUGCGAUUCGGCUUGAAUUGGCAGAUCAGUCCGCUACUUCUCCUGCCACUAGAGGUUCUUGGCCCCUAAGACAGGAAGUGUGCGUGACGGUGAUGACAAAGGACCAAUUUGGAAAUCCAACGCCAUUGAACAGCUCUGGAGGCUUCAUUUUGCGGACUUCGGCGCAGAGGAACACUCUUGAGAUGAGGCCAACGAGUGGAAUCCUGGACAUGUCCUCCACUGGCGAGGCCCAAGUGUUUCUUACGGCGCUUCGACCUGGUCCGGUGGAGAUUUGGGUUGAGGCCGCCGAGGCACGUAGCUCGAGUCAGUCGCAGAACCAACUCAGAAAUUCCACUUUGCGGUCUCUGUCCUUCACUGACCCAGAGAGUCUUGGUGAAGCUCAUGGCAGCCCAUCCAGCUUUCUGGCAGCUGUAAGGUCAAAAGCUACCACACAAGACAUCCAAUGGCAAGGGAAAGCCGAUGAGGUGCGGGAUGCAUUUCUCCAUGCCUGGCGAGGUUACGAGAGGCACGCCUGGGGCAGUGACGAAUUGCAGCCCAUUUCCCGGGUUGGGAGAAAUAGCUUUGGCGGACUUGGUCUCACCAUUCUCGACUCCUUGUCAACAUUGUGGCUAAUGGGCCUUGAUCGUGAGUUUGAGAAGGGAGUCAAGUUCGUCAAGGAUGACUUGGACUUUGACAAUGCAGAUUCGGACGUGUCAGUGUUCGAGCUAACGAUUCGUGGGCUUGGUGGCUUGCUAGGUGCCCACACGUUGUCCAACAAAAAGAUCUUACUGGAGCGUGCGCAAGAGCUGGGAAACCGCUUGCUGCCUGCAUUUCAAACACCCUCCAGGAUUCCCUGGCCAACAGUGAACCUCGCACGCGGAACUAGCAAGAAGAGCACCCAGCCAGUGAUACUGUCCGAGGCCGGAAGUCUUCAGGUUGAAUUUCGCAGCCUGACAGCCAGGACUGGAGACACACGUUUCCAAAAAGCAGCUGACAAAGCUUUUCAGGCAGUCCAGUCUGUUGGGAUUCGCGGCAUCUUGCCGGUGUUUUUAUCACCUCCAGGAAUGCGAAAAGUCCAGGCGGUCGCAUCAAAAUUUGCCUUUGGGGCCCUUGCAGACUCGUACUACGAGUAUCUUUUGAAGCAAUGGCUUCAGCAGCCUUCAGACAAGAACUUCAAGGAGCUGUUUCUGGAGGUGAUGGACUCCUUGCCGACCAUACGACCGUCGCCCAGUUCAGUGAAAGAUGCUGAACAGAGGGGCACAGUGGUGCACUACAAGCUCAUUGAAGUCUUGUCUGAUGGCUCUGUAGACUGGAAGAUGGAUCAUCUCAGUUGCUUUACUCCUGGAUUGAUCGCGCUUGGGCUCAUGGAGGUCCCCCAGCAUGACUUGGUCAAGAAGGAUCGCAAUGCCACGUGGUGGAGGCUCGCUGAAGGCAUCACCGCGUCGUGUUUCGAGCUGUGGGCUUCAACUUCCACGGGUCUCGCCCCGGAGUUCAGCAAGGUGAGUUCAAAAGCUCCUCACAAAUUUGUUGAGGCAGGGGCUUUUGCAGACGGUUCGCACUGUUCUUUUCAGAUCAGUCAGGCUGGAUCUGAUGGCAGACACUCGUUUCUCCGACCUGAAACGGCAGAGUCAUUGUUCUACCUUUACCGACUGACUGGCGAUGAGAAGUAUCGCCACUGGGGUAGCAAGCUUUUCCAAGCGAUCCUUGACCAUGCAAAGGUGCCGCACGGCUUCUCAUCUGUCCGUGAUGUGAAGGCCAUUCCGACGUCGAAGAUGGACGAGAUGCAGACCUUUGUGAUGGCGGAGACUUUCAAGUAUCUUUUCCUCCUGUUUUCGCCAGCCGCAGCUUUCGACAUGAAUCACUUCUUCCUAAACACUGAGGGCCAUCCGCUGAAGCGACAUGAGCUCUAAUGUGAUUUCUAGAGGCAGUGCUGAAUACAAGUCAAGUCAAAUUGACAAAGCUGAAUCUACGCUUUACAGUCUUUGACGUGACUCCCUAGCAAGUAGAUUUAGCACAUGCUGUUCGUGGAUUAAAAAAA